UGAGCGCAGAGCUGCAGCCGACUCUGCCCGGGCAGAGCGUGCGCCUGACAGUCCCCGGCCUAGAGAGGUGACGGCCGCGGCACCUCUGUCCGCCUUCAGUCGCUGGGCGCCCACGCGGACCAUGUUUUCCAGCCCUAGGAGGUGGGGCCCCGGCGGCCCCUACGAGCGGGUCCCAUGGGGUCCCGAGGCACAGAACUGCGGUCCAGAGAAAAGUGCUUCAUUCUUCAGUAAGAUGACGUUUUCCUGGUUUAGCAGAUUAAUUAUUUUAGGCUAUAAGAAACCUUUGGAAAGAGAGGAUCUUUUUGAACUAAAUGAAAACGAUUCCUCCUAUACUGUGUGUCCUGUCUUUGAAAAACAAUGGAGGAAGGAAGUUUUAAGGAAUCAAGAGAGACAGAAAGUAAAGGCAUCUUUUGCUAAAGAGGCACAUAGCAAGAAACCAUCUCUUCUCUGUGCAUUGUGGAACACCUUUAAGUUUGUCCUGAUUCAAGCUGCUUUAUUCAAAGUGUUUGCUGAUAUUUUGUCUUUUACUAGCCCACUUAUUAUGAAGCAAAUGAUCAUUUUCUGCGAACACCACUCAGAUUUUGGAUGGAGUGGCUAUGGUUAUGCUUUGGCACUUUUUGUUGUAGUCUUUUUGCAAACCCUGAUCUUUCAGCAAUAUCAACGUUUUAACAUGCUGACUUCAGCAAAAAUUAAGACGUCUGUAACUGGAUUGAUCUACAAAAAGGCCCUACUUUUAUCUAAUGUUUCUCGAAAAAAGUUCUCAACUGGGGAAAUUAUUAACCUGAUGUUAGCUGAUGCCCAGCAGCUCAUGGAUUUGACGACAAACCUCAAUCUCCUUUGGUCAGCCCCUUUUCAAAUCCUGAUGGCCAUAAUGCUCCUCUGGCAGGAGCUGGGCCCCGCAGUGUUAGCAGGGGUGGCUGUCCUUGCAUUUGUGAUACCGGUUAAUGCUUUAGUUGCAAAUAGAGUUAAAAAGCUGAAGAAAAGCCAAACAAAGAACAAAGAUAAACAGAUAAAACUACUCAAUGAAAUCUUACAUGGAAUUAAGAUCCUCAAACUUUAUGCGUGGGAACCCUCCUACAAAAAGAAGAUUAUAGAAAUUCGAGAACAGGAAUUGGAAUUUCAAAAAUCAGCUGGAUAUCUUGCUGUAUUUUCUAUGCUGACAUUAACUUGCAUUCCAUUCUUGGUGUCCUUGGCAACAUUUGGCAUCUAUUUCUUACUGGAUGAUGGAAACAUUUUAACAGCCACUAAAGUGUUCACAUCUGUGUCUUUGUUUAAUAUUUUAAGGCUUCCUCUGUUUGAUUUACCAACAGUGAUUUCCACUGUGGUCCAGACAAGAAUAUCAUUGGGUCGUUUGGAAGAUUUUCUCAACAGUGAGGAGCUUCUUCCUCAAAAUAUUGAAAUAAACUACACAGGAGAUCAUGCCGUUUGUUUUACAAAUGCUUCCUUCUCCUGGGAUAAAACAGGGAUUCCAGUAUUAAAAGACUUGAACAUAAAGAUUCCAGAAGGAGCUUUGGUGGCUAUUGUAGGGCAAAUUGGGUCUGGAAAAUCGUCUGUGCUUUCUGCCAUUCUGGGGGAGAUGGAGAAACUUACAGGAGUAGUUCAAAGAAAGGGCUCUGUGGCUUAUGUUUCCCAGCAGGCCUGGAUUCAGAAUUGCACUUUACAAGAAAAUAUUCUCUUUGGCUCCAUCAUGCAGAAGCAGUUUUAUGAGCGAGUAUUGGAAGCCUGUGCUCUCCUUCCCGAUUUGGAGCAAUUACCAAAUGGAGAUCACACUGAGAUUGGAGAAAGAGGUGUAAAUAUGAGUGGGGGCCAGAAGCAUCGAGUAAAUCUGGCCAGAGCUGUCUAUAGUGGAGCUGACAUCUACCUCCUGGAUGAUCCCUUGUCGGCAGUUGAUGUUCAUGUUGGAAAGCACCUUUUUGAAAAAGUGAUUGGAUCCUCAGGCAUUUUGAAAAACAAGACUCGUAUUUUGGUGACACACAACCUCACACUUCUACCACAGAUGGAUCUUAUUAUUGUCAUGGAGAGUGGCAGAGUAGCACAAAUGGGAACGUACCAGGAACUGCUGUCUAAAACUGAAAACCUCAUAAACAUGCUUCAGGCCUUCAGGGAACAAGAAAAAGCUCAAGCUUUAAAGCAAGUCAGUGUAAUCAACUCCAGAACUAUACUGAAAGACCAAAUCCUGGAGCAAAAUGAUAGGCCCUCACUGGAUCAAGGAAAACAGUUCUCAGUGAAAAAAGAGAAGAUCCCUAUUGGUGGGAUAAAGUUCUCAAUAUUUCUGAAGUACCUUCAAGCCUUUGGCUGGCUCUGGGUGUGGCUGACUGUGGCCAUUUACCUUGGGCAGAAUUUGGUGGGCAUUGGACAGAAUCUAUGGCUUAGUGCCUGGUCAAAGGAAGCAAAGCUCAUGAAUGAGUUCACAGAGUGGAAACAAAUAAGAAACAAUAAACUUAACGUCUAUGGAUUAUUGGGAUUAAUUCAAGGUCUCCUUGUCUGCUCCGGAGCCUAUGUGCUCACCAGAGGAUCCCUGGCUGCCUCUCGAACUCUGCAUGUUCAGCUAUUGGAUAAUGUGCUGCACCUCCCACUCCAGUUUUUUGAAACCAAUCCCAUAGGCCAGAUCAUUAAUCGGUUCACCAAGGACAUGUUUAUAAUUGAUAUGCGUUUCCAUUACUACUUACGGACCUGGCUGAAUUGUACGUUGGAUAUUACUGGAACAGUUUUGGUCAUUGUGGGAGCUCUACCACUCUUCAUUCUGGGGGUUAUUCCCUUGGUUUUCCUCUAUUUCACCAUACAAAGAUAUUAUGUGGCAAGCUCUCGGCAGAUUCGGCGGUUGGCAGGAGCAUCUCACUCUCCUGUCAUUUCCCACUUUAGUGAGACUUUAGCAGGAGUGUCCACUAUCAGGGCAUUUGGACAUGAACGGAGGUUCAUCCAGCAAAACAAAGAUGUGGUGAAUGAAAACCUGGUCUGUUUCUACAAUAAUGUAAUUUCAAACCGGUGGCUGGCUGUUAGACUUGAAUUUCUUGGCAACUUAAUGGUGUUCUUCGCUGCACUGCUUGCUGUGCUGGCUGGCAAUUCUAUAGAUUCAGCAAUAGUUGGUUUGUCCAUAUCCUAUGCCCUAAAUAUUACUCAGUCUCUGAAUUUUUGGGUAAGGAAAGGAUGUGAAAUUCAAACCAAUGCAGUUUCCAUUGAAAGAGUUUGUGAAUAUGAAAAUAUGCAUAAAGAGGUAAGCACUCCUAAAUAAACAUUAAAUGG